ACAUAGACCAACAUGACAUGGGGCCGUGCUGCCUUGGCAUUGAUAAUUUAUUUUACUGGUCAGGCAUCGCUCCUUCAUCCUUCUCUCACUCGCAUUACUUUUUCAUUCAAAUCCUUCCUCCUUUCUGCUUAGCAUCUUGAGACCCUCGCAUCCAAACACGCAAACACACAAACACUAUAUUCUACAUAGACACAUUAAUCGGUAUAGGAGCACUGCCAUGUCGGAUACCAUAGACCCGACAGAACCGGCUCCCUGGGACCUCAUCCGAGUGGCGAUGGUGAUCGGACCUGUCACGGGCUACUUCCAUCAGUAUUACACAAUGCACAAGAUGAAGACGUCGAUGGGAUUCAGUAGUGUGACAUGCGGAGUCCUCAUCGUCUCCAGCAUCAUCCGUAUUUUUUUCUGGAUUGGUGAACCAUUCGAUGUCGCGCUGCUAUACCAGUCUAUCCUAAUGACGGUCGUGCAACUCUUCCUGCUUGAACUCUGUGUCCGUUUUUAUCCCUGGACGGUCCAACUGCCCAUGCCCGUCACCUAUUCCGGACCAUUGACUCCACCCUCAUCAUCUCGUCCCAGUCCUAGCAGCAAUACCAGUAGCACCAGCAACAUCAGUAAUGGACACCGUUAUGGGGACAUGGCCACAGGUGAACUUUUGUCGUCCAAUUCCCCAGGACCGGACCAUGUUAUGAACCGGGCGUCGAGGUACCACAGCCAAGGAUGGUACAAGCAGCAGGCAUAUUACUGGGGGACACAUUUCUGGAAUUGGCCGAGAGUUGGGCCGUAUUAUUUAUUCCUCGCGGUAUUCUCGUUGCUCGUCGGGUUGUCGCUGCUUAUCAUCGGGAGCACGGAUUUCUUUGUCGGCCUUCUAGGCCUUGCGGCUUUGGGCAUAGAGGCAACGGUCCCACUUCCCCAAGCGAUCCAAAACUACCGCUCCAAAUCGACAGCGGGCUUCUCGCCCGCGAUUCUACUCAUGUGGGUAGUCGGCGACUCCUUCAAGACUUACUACUAUAUCUCGACCCAUGCCAAAUAUCAAUUCGUUGGGUGCGGGAUCAUCCAGCUCUGUAUCGAUUGUGUUAUUAUCAUGCAGACCGUCGUUUAUUCAAAGUACUAUAAGGAUGUUCGACGGAGGUACAGUGAUCCGGGAGAUGGCUUCUUUGGGAUCUCGCAGGAUCAUGUAGGAGGAGUGAAUGGCAGAUCGAGUUCAGAAGCGCUGUUGGCUGACGAGGACGGGAGUGAGAAUCAUCAGGGGCAGCACGGAUACUGAGAUCUCGGGCACUGAUUAUUUUGUUCAACAAGAUAUGUUUAUAGAAAUACACAGCAUUUCCGAUAUAUACCUUG